AUCGGCAAAUUGAUUAAACAUACAAGAACAAGCAAUUUUUACGAAAAAUCUUAUUCAAAAAAUUAUUUUUAUACUUAUGCAAAUGAAUUAUUUAAGUCGUCAAAUUCGUAGUGUAAAUUAUUAUUUUAAUUAGAGUAAAUUAAAGACAUCUGCUACAGAAUGACAAAAUCACUAUAUAUCAAGAGUGGGAGUAUUCGCAACGAAUGACGGGGUAUAGGGACGUGUAGCAUGCAUUGUUUUUAUGUUCCUUUGUAAAAAUAAUCGGGUCUGAGCCCGCAAGUUAUAGAAUUUUCAUUAGUAUCUGGUGUUUUUGAAUAAGCAGUUCAAGAAAUUCAAUUAAAAAAUCAUGAAUUAUAAUCAUUCAAGCCCACGACGAGGAAAGCCAAAGAGGUUAAUUGAUCCAUCUGCUGGUUUAUCUGCAUCAGCGCCAAUGUCAAUGCCAAUGCCAAUGCCUCAGAGUCCUUAUAUGUAUAAUCAGCAGAUUCCUAUGGAUAAUGGUAUGGCACCUGAAUAUGGAUUUAAGCCUCAGCCAUAUGGAUAUACUUCACCACCAAUGCAACAUUAUCAACCUCCUGAAAAUCAUGGUGAUGAUUAUGCAUCAUCACAAUUUGCUACGCAAUUACUGACACAGCCAAUGGUUACAAACAUGGCUGUACAAUAUGGAAACGUUUUGGUUGGAUCUGGAAAACAGCAAUUUGAAAGAUAUGUGCCAAUUUCAGCUUUGAAAUACUAUUUUGCUGUUGACACCAACUAUGUUGCUACGAAGCUGGCUCUGUUAUUUUUCCCAUUCACUCAUAAAGACUGGUCUGUGAAGUAUGAACAAGAUGCUCCACUUCAACCACGUUUUGAAACAAAUGCACCAGACAUGUAUAUUCCAACAAUGGCGUUUUUGACAUAUAUAGUUUCAGCUGUAUUAGUUUCAGGAACACAGGAACGUUUUACCCCAGAACAGUUAAGUAUUUUGGCUAGUACUGCUCUUGCGUGGGGAGUCAUAGAAUUGAUCGUGCACAUUGUAACUCUUUAUGUGAUGAAUCUUGAAACGAGUCUUUCAACGUUAGAUUUAUUAGCUUACUGUGGUUACAAAUACGUCGGUAUGAAUGCAGCUCUGUUAAUUUCAUUAUUAUUUCGAAAAUUUGGCUAUUAUCUAGUGUGGUUGUACUGCAGCGCGUCUUUAGCAUUUUUCCUAAUGCGGUCGUUGAAAUUAAGAGUCAUUCCGCAAAACCAUAGCCCAUACACAGCUUCUGGCAAUAAAAGGAGACUCUACUUCAUAUUAUUUGUAGCAGGCAUUCAACCUGUGCUAAUGUGGUGGUUAUCGUAUCACUUGGUUUAAUUAAUAAUUACACGGAAAGAAAUUGAAAAUGCGUUUUAAUGAAAAACAGGAUAUGUACGAGAUAUGUUUAUUUGAUUAUUCACACAACGUAUGUGCAUUUUUGUAAUAAAAAUCCCUUCCAAAUAUUCUCAGUUAUUUAUUAAACAGGACCUACUGUUUAACGCAGGAUCUUGUCACUUUAGUGUUUUAAUUAUGUAUUAAUAAUGUUAAAUUAAUUUAACAAAUCUAGUUUUCGAACAGAUAUCUAAUUUUGUAAUAUUUAUUGAUUGAUAUUAAACAAUUUUAUGUGAAUUUUAAUCCGACUAACGUUACCGGCCGAGCGAUUACCUAGCAAG